AUGGGUCAGAAACACGACAUGUCCAGCAUUCUGGGGUUUUUGCUGUCUCCUUUACUCCACCAUCCUGGUCUUUCUGACCAGCUGCCGGAGCUUCUGAAGGUCGAUCCAGGCCACGACGAGUUCGACUAUGUUGCCCAUAUCAGACGAAUAGGCCAGGACUACGAGGCCUCGUCCAUGAACGACCUGCCGGCCAAAACACUCCAAUCAGCGUCCUCGGGAAAGGCUGGCUCCAUUUCCUCGGAUGCUUCCAGAAAAAGACCUGCUCCGUUUCUGCCUGCCGUGCAACCGACCCAUCAUCUGAACCUCUCUGCUGCUUUGAAAGGCCUGGCUGGAGCGCCUGUGAAAAUCGAAGACCCUGGCGUGUCCAUGGAUUCGUUGGAUUUGGGUACCGAUAACGGGUUUGCGUUUCUGCUUGAUCCACUAGCUUUUGAAGGCCCGAACGAUACAUUCAGACAACCACUCCAGGCCCAGUUUUCCCAGCUGCUAAAGAACCCAAGCCGCAUGUCCAUGAGCAGCUCACAGGCUACUCUUACAGAAACCAGAGGAAUCCUGCUGAGUGCUCCUCGUCCCAUCAACAUCCAUAACCAUAUGGCUGAACCACCCAGCAAACGCCAGACUCCACUGCUGCUGUACGAUCCGUAUGGCUUGCCAGGAUCCGUUUCUGGCUCCAUUUCCGGCUCCAUCUCAGGCUCUUUCCAUAACCCCCCUUCAGCAGGUCCCUCUUCCUUCUUGUCCAACUCAUUUGCUCGUCAGGAUAACUCCUUGGUCAGUGUGGCUGAAUAUUUCGGAGGAGAUGCAAACUGGAACAGUCCCUACGAUUUAGAUGACGGUCUGGGCCUGGGCUCCGUCCCCGGUCUGGUGGCCUAUGUUCCUUCAGACACCCCAAUCAGCCGCCUGGCCUCCACAGUAAACGAGCACGCUUUCAGCUUUCCCGAAAGAGACGGAAUGGGCAUUCCGCUGAAUUACCUGAGCCUGUGGAACGACAGCUUUUUCGACGAUGCACCGGCUGCAGUGUCGGCUGCUUCCCUGGCUCCCAGGCCGGCCAUGCCUUCCAGACACAGUUUCCAAGGAACCCAGAGACCGCCUAUGAAACGCAAAGAUAGCAGGCCUCGGAAAGAGAGUAUCAAGGAAGCCGAGCUGAGAGGAAACAGACCCGCUUCAAAUGCCAAUCUCCAAAACGGCCGAACCGAAUGUGAGCCUCUUUGCAACGCUUGUGGCUUGUUCUUGAAGCUCCACGGAACGGUUAGACCGCUCAGUCUCAAGACAGACGUUAUCAAGAAAAGAGCACGGACAGCAGACAAAAAGAAAGACGGCAAAAAGACCGAGGCCAAGGCAGACCCCAAAAAGAACAAUCGAAAAACCAAGUCGGACGGCGACGACAACAACCCGACCCCCACGACAAAGAACAGAAAAAGGGCCCCAAAAGCAAAACCAAAGACCCACGGCGCAAACCAGGCCAAACCCAGCCAGCCUUCCAUGCUUCUGCCUCAACGAGGCCAAAGAAGCUCUUCCAAUUCGCCCGUUCUGUGGACGCAGAGAUCACAGGUUGCCGAGUUGAACUCGGUGGUGAAGGGGGAGCUUCCUGCGAUUGACGAGAAGAAUGUGUUUGAACGGCAGGAUGACGAGGGUAAGUGGGACUGGCUCAGCAUGACUUUGUAA